AUGACACAACUUGAAUCGCAUCCUGGUGAGGCUGAUCAAUCCAAGCUGAUUGGAAACCAUGACAGACAACUAGUCUUUGACUCUAAGCAGUUGGAGCAUUCUCAGCAUAGCUGGGAAGCUGUCAAGGCUCACAUCGUGAAGUUGUAUAUUCAACAGGAUGCGCCUCUGUAUGAGAAGAAUGACUUGGUCAGGCUCGCUGAGCAGUGUUACGGGGAAGGAAAACCGCUUCCUGCUUACGAUGCCACUAGUGGUAAACUAUACGAUUGGCAUAAAGUCAAACGUCGAGACUGGGAGGCAGGGGUUCGAGAUGCGUUAUGGAAGAAGCUCAAGCUGCCAUCUGCGAGACCUCCCAGCAAGAUUGCUCUACAUAUUACGGACACGGAUCCUACCUACAUACUGGUCUGUCGUAUACAAGACUACUUCCGCUCGACACACUCACUACUACAAUCAGGCACGGUACCAAAUCCGUACACUCUCACUGCAAGGCCACAUAGCCGGAUGUGGGAAAUGCCUGUCCUAUUUCAAGAUGCGAUCAGACUUGUUGAGCACGGAUCUGACAAACUAGCGAGGUUGAAGUUCGACGAAGCCGGCGUUAUGUUGCAAGCAUAUUUGAACAACAUGCCCUUCACAUUGCUGCCUCAACUUCUUCGUGUCGUUAUGGACCAGAAAUGGUCCAUAUGUGUCGAGUACCAAGCAGUAGUAUUCCCUUUUAUUCGUCGUCUCUUUUCGGAGAGGCUGGGUCGGGACGCUCCAUUGUCAAAAUUCACAUUUGUUCUCCUUGAGCUGAUCCCUGAGCGACUAGCUAGAGAAGCCAUCUGGCGAUGUGUCCUGGAUGCACUUUCAAAUGUGCCCACUCUGAGCCCAUUGGACACCGAGGAGAUGCGAUUCAGGUACUUCUGGGCACUUUCCGAUGGCGGCUACGAUGAUUCAGUGGUCAGAUUCUGUAACAAAGCAAUCAAGGAAACAUACGAUUCGCCCAGCAACACCAGCAUGCAGCACCUGCGUCGCAAGUGGCGCUACCAUCUAGGCACAGUUUUAGAACAGCAGGAUCAGCUCGAGCAAGCCGAAGAAAUGUACAAGGACGCAAUACACGAACAGAUGCUCCAAGGUGACGACACAUAUUACAACAACAUUCAUGUUGAAGCAUUGCGUUCUCUAGGCGGGCUUUGUCUUCGUAAAAAGCAGUACAAGCAAGCUGCAAACUGGUAUCAGCAAGCAUUUGAUGCUGCGGCGAGGCUACGUGGACCUGGUAAUGCUAGAGCUCUGCUCUGUCUGGAUCAGCUUUUCGUUGCGUUGGAAUCGCUUGGUGCCAAAGACGAUAUCGCCAAGCUGUAUGAUGCCUAUCCAAUUUCAUAUCAUUAUUUGAAGAGAUUUGGUUCAGCUAUGCCUUUCAUUACCUGA